CAGCUAAAGAAACAAGCGGCUAAAGUUUAAAAAUAUAAAAAAGUGUCAAAUAAAACAAAAAUAUUUCAUAAAACUGCAGAAAAAUGAGUGAUGUGCUAAAAAUCAUAGGCGCAGUUGUGCUCCCAAACGUUGGUGGUGUCAUCAACGGCAUAAUAACGCGAAAAAAUAUACAAACAUGGUACAAGAAUCUGAAUUUUCCAUCAUACCGGCCACCAAACUGGAUAUUUGCGCCGGUCUGGACAUCGCUUUAUUCAGGCAUGGGCUAUGCUUCAUAUCUAGUGUGGCGCGAUGGUGGCGGCUUCAGCGGUGAGGCGCAGUUACCGCUCAUUGCGUACGGUACACAGUUGGCACUCAACUGGGCAUGGACUCCAAUUUUCUUUGGACAACGUAAUAUCAAAGGCGGGCUCAUCGAUAUUAUUGCUUUGACUGCAACGUCCACAGCCUGUGGUAUACUCUUUUAUAGGGUAAAUAAAGUGGCUGGUCUAUUGUUCGUUCCAUACAUUGCUUGGUUGAGCUUCGCAACGGUGCUCAAUCAUGCCAUGUACAAAUUGAAUCCUGAGAGUAAGGCUGUGACGGCUCCAGCCGCUGAGGAGAAAAAGGAUGUCGUAUGAUGUCAUUUUACUGCGCCUCUACUGCUGCAAUCAUGGCAACAUCUUUCAUUCACUAUGAUGCAUUUAAUGCAGUACACAUGUUCCACAACUUAAAAUAAUUAAUUUAACUAUUCGAAAAUAAAAAUAAACUAUAAAUAUGUUAAAAGAUCGAUGUCAAUUUGUAUUAAGAAAAUCUAUAUGCUCACUACCACAAAAUAAUUCCAGUACUUUUUUAUGUGUACAUAUGUAUAACACACAAGUUGCCUAAAAAAUUGUACUAAUGCCGGUGUUUUAAUACAAUGUGGGUUAUGUUAUAAAUGUUAAGGAAGGAAUGUUAAAAGAGCAAAAUUGUUAUAAAGCUCGAAAUCGCUUAUUUUUGUGAAAAUGUGUUAAUUAAAGAUAAUUAGUAUAAAAAUCAA